CCGCAGGCUCCCCCGACGCGCGCAGCCAUGACCCGCUCGCUCUUCAAGGGGAACUUCUGGAGCCCAGACAUCCUCAGCACUUCAGGCUAUGACAGCAUCAUCCAGCAUCUCAACAAUGGUCGCAAGAAUUGCAAAGAGUUUGAAGACUUUUUAAAAGAAAGGGCAUCAAUUGAAGAGAAAUAUGGUAAAGAUCUGCUUAACCUCUGCCGGAAAAAGGCAUGCGGGCAGUCGGAGAUCAACACCUUGAAGCGGGCCCUGGAAGUCUUCAAGCAACAACUGGACAAUGUGGCCCAAUGUCAUAUCCACCUUGCACAGACGCUGAGGGAAGAAGCCAGGAAGAUAGAAGAUUUCAGGGAAAAGCAAAAAGUACAACGGAAGAAGACAGAAGCUAUAAUGGAUGCUGCCCAUAAACAGAAGAGCUCACAAUUCAAGAAAACCAUGGAUGCAAAGAAGAUGUAUGAACAGAAGUGCCGUGACAAGGAUGAGGCAGAGCAAGCUGUCCACCGGAACGCCAACUUGGUGAACCAGAAGCAACAGGAAAAGCUUUUUGUGAAACUGGCAACUUGUAAGACUGCAGUAGAAGACUCAGACAAGGCUUAUAUGCAGCACAUCAACACGCUUGAUAAGAUCCGAGAAGAAUGGCAGAGUGAGCACAUCAAGGCCUGCGAGGUGUUUGAAGCUCAAGAAUGUGAGCGGAUAAACUUCUUCCGGAAUGCACUAUGGCUCCAUGUGAAUCAGCUCUCACAGCAGUGUGUCACCAGUGAUAACAUAUAUGAACAAAUCCGUAAGAGUUUAGAAAUGUGCAGCAUUGAGAAGGACAUCGAGUACUUUGUCAACCAGCGCAAAACUGGGCAGAUACCACCAGCACCCAUCAUGUAUGAGAAUUUCUACACCCCCCAAAAGAAUGCAGCCCCACAUGGAAAGGCUACAGCACCUAACAUAGCAAGGAGAGGACCUCCCCCGGUGCCUAAGAGUUUGCCAGAUGACCCUGAAUAUUCAUUGGUUGAUAACUACAGCUUAAUCUAUCAAUAACAUCUGUGAAACCAUGCUCUUUCCAACUGGUGCUUCUGCCGUAUGGAAGGGACACUGAGAGGCUCAGAAUCUAUCGAAACAAUGUCAAUCCUGAAGACUUGGAAGUGAAUUCUUGCUGUCCUUUUUGAUAUUUUGAAUUUAUAGUAGACAUUUAGUGUAAUGUAUGUUAGUAGAAGAGUUCUGCAGGGUUUAAGUUUACAAAUUACCCCAGGCUAAAAAUUACCCUUUCCUGGCAUCCCUUUUAGGUUGUGAAUGAAUUAAUUGUGUUUCUCACAUGACCCAGGAAAGUCUGGACUUUAGAGCUUUGAGCCUUGGUGAGGGGUGAUGGGGCUAGAAGGGCAGCAGAGGACUCAAAAUUGUCUACUUCCAGCUGCUUCUUAGGCUUUCAGGGCAGCCAAUGGCUGUCCACAGUGAACCACACACAGCAGUGCAGGAUUUGUCAUUAACUUCCUUUCUCACAAGAAGUCUUG